AUGGAGAAAUAUUUUGGAAAAAGACCAACAAUUUUGGAUUCUUGUCAAGAACUAGAAGCACAUAAUGCUGAAGAAAAUUUGAUGGAGAAUGAUGAUAUAAAUGAAAGUGAAAUCAAGGCUGAUCCUGAUUUGCGAAAACCAAUUGCAGAAUAUGGUGUGAAUAUCUGGGAUCGUAUUCGUAGAGAAUAUGUAGCAAAAGGCCCUUGUCAACCAAAGGAUAAUAUUUUUCAAAAAACGCGUCAAGGAAAAGAUAAUAGGAGUUUUAGAGAUGCUUGGUACAAAGAUUAUGAUUGGCUAGAAUAUAGUGAAGCGAAACAUGCCGCAUAUUGUUUUUACUGUUUUCUUUUCAAGCGUGGUUAUGUGGCACCGGGAGAUGAAGCCUUCACUAGUUGUGGUUUUUCUAAUUGGAAAAAAAUACUAGAAAAAUUCAAGGCGCAUGUUGGGGAUAAAAGUAGUGCACACAACAAAGCAAGGAUAGAAUAUGAAAAUUUUGUCAAUCAAAGGCAAAGUGUGGCUUAUGUUGUAAGUAGAGGUAUGACAACAAAAGAAAAGGAAUAUCGAAUUCGAUUGACUGCAACUGUUGAUGUAGUUCGUUUUCUUUUGAUUCAAGGUUUGCCUUUUAGGGGACAUGACGAGUCAUCUACGUCUUUGAACAAAUGUAAUUUUCUUGAGCUAUUAGAAUGGUAUGGUUUGAGGAAUGAUGAAGUUGGUAAAGUGAUUUUGAAAAAUGCCCCUGGAAAUAACCAAAUGACUUCUCCAUCAGUCCAAAAAGAUAUGGCUAAUGCUUGUGCGGUGGAAACCACAGAACUUGGAGACAGACACUUUUCAAUCCUAGUUGAUGAGUCACGUGAUUGA